AUGCAGUAUGUGCGAAGCAUCAGCGGUUCGGUUUCGAAAACAUGGAACUCCAUCAAUCCUGCAACCCUUAGCGGAGCUAUCGAUGUCAUAGUCGUUGAACAGGAAGAUGGAUCGUUGGCAUGUUCGCCAUUCCACGUCCGAUUCGGGAAGUUCUCUUUACUUCGGCCAUACGAGAAGAAGGUCGAAUUUAGAGUCAACGAUGUCAAACAAGAUUAUGCGAUGAAGCUGGGGGAGGGGGGAGAAGCAUUCUUCGUUUUCGAGACGAGUGACAAUAUUCCAGAAGCUAUGCAAACAUCACCCCUUGUUUCGCCAGUUUCCAGUCCGCCAUUGCCAGCAACAGGUUCAGAGGUGUCGAGCCUGUCGGAACCCGAUUUUCUAGCCUUGGAUAUGGGUCAUCGAAGUUUAAGAUCAGGCAGCUUUACAAAGUCUGCCGGAGAACCAUAUCCUAGGAGGCAAAGUAAUAUCAGUGCUUUGACGCCGCCAUCGUUGUCUUCAGAACAUGCAAGUGGCAAACCCCUUUCCGGCGAUUGGCCAGGAGUUACUCGUAGCCAUACAGACGAAUUGUUAUCAUCCUCGGCUCGAACCAAUGUUAGCGAUUUGACGGAACGAGACAGGCAAACACGAUCUAUGACACCAACCAUUGCAGCUGUCGAUGGACAAUCGGACUUCUUCACUGAAAGGUCGCACAGUCCUCCACCUUUACCAACCCGCGAAGCAAUAGAAAGGGCGAUGGCGUUGUCAAAUAGACUUCAAGCAUCAAACAUACCAAGUCAAGUUACCGAGACCGGGGAUCUGAUGUUGGAUAUGACUGGCUACAAAAGUAGUGACGAUGACGCUCUUCGAGCAGAAGUUAUUGCGCGAAAGAUUCUAUCGGAAGAAUUAGAAGGCAAUUAUGACAUCGGUGCUCUAAUCGGUGCGGAUGAGCAUGGAAAUCUUUGGAUAUACAGUAGUGAGGAGGCAAAAGAGGCUGCAAGUCAGAGGGCGGCAUUAGCAGGCAUCACGAAUGCCUCUGCGUUGACCACUGAUGCUUCAUCGGAUCCAGGAUAUAACAGCGAAACAGACAGUGAUAUCAUUCUUCAUCCACCAAUUGCUCCAACGCACCGACGUGCCGAUUCUGAUUCAUUGGGCAUGCAGACACCUCCUAAGACACCCACCGGGACUGCCGGUGAUCCGAAUCGGAACUAUGCCAAAACUUUGCGGUUGACUAGUGAUCAAUUGAAAGCUCUCGGCCUCAAGUCUGGACCAAAUCCUGUGAGCUUCACGGUUAAUCGAGCAACAUGUCAAUCGAAUAUGUAUCUCUGGAAAUAUGAUGUCCCUAUUGUGAUUUCUGAUAUUGACGGUACCAUCACAAAAUCAGAUGCUCUUGGCCAUGUUCUUAACAUGAUUGGAAGAGAUUGGACUCAUAUUGGAGUUGCUAAACUUUACACUGAGAUUGUCAACAAUGGUUACAAUAUCAUGUAUUUGACAUCUCGCUCAGUAGGUCAGGCUGAUAAUACCAGAGCAUAUCUCAACGGAGUCGUGCAGGAAAAUUAUCGUUUACCGAAAGGUCCAAUGAUCUUGAGUCCCGAUAGAUUGCUUGCAGCUUUGAGACGAGAGAUUUACAUCCGGAAACCAGAAGUCUUCAAAAUGGCAUGUUUACGAGAUAUUAAAAACUUGUUCGGCCCCAAUCGCACACCAUUCUACGCAGGUUUCGGUAACAGACUCACCGAUGCGUUGUCGUACCGUUCUGUUAGUAUUCCCAGCAAUCGUAUUUUCACGAUCAACAGUUACGCAGAAGUAUCGUUAGAUUUGCUCAGUCUCAACAAAUUACGAUACAGCUAUGUGAAUAUGCGAGAGGUCGUUGAUCAUUACUUCCCACCGGUAAACACUCUUAUCACAGGCGGAGGUGAAGAAUAUACCGAUUUCACAUAUUGGCGAGAACCUGUUCUCGAAAUAGAUGACUUCAGUGGUUCCGAGAGCGAUGAAAGGGAUCUCGAGGAAAGAGAAAACGAGGAGGACGAGGAAGAAGAGGAAGAAGAGGAAGAAGAUAAUGAACAGAUGGGUGAAAGUUACAUUUCUCGCGGAUCUAUAGAUGAAGAAACUUACUACGAGGAAGGCCUGGAUGAAAGUCUUUUGAUGGAGUCGAUAGAAGGUGAUGAUGGUUUGGCAAGAAGUAUGCUGUUAGAAGGGGAAGAUCAAGGCCAAAAACAUUACGAUAAUGCGAUUGAAGAGGCAGAAGACGAAGAUGCAGAAGAUGCAGAAGACGAAGUAGUCGCAGAAGACGAAGAAGAAUCUCCACUGGAAGAGGGCGGUGUUAGACUACACGAUCAACGCACUCCCGAGCCCGAGACACGUGAUUCAGAUGCCGAAGCGAUUACGGGAAUGAAAGAUCUUGCCUUGGAGAGGGAAGAUUCUGAUCAUAAGACAGUCUAG